AUGAGCUUCCUCCGCAGAGUGGCUGCUCCCUUAGAGAUAGGCUCUGGGUUGAUUAGGGUUAGGGUUCACCCUAGCCCUAUCAUCAUCACCAUCAUCAUCAUCACCAUCAUCAAUAUCAUUAUCAUCAUCAUCACCAUCAUCAAUAUCAUCAUCAUCAAUAUCAUCAUCACCAUCUUAAUCACCAUCAUCACCAUCUUCAUCAUCACCAUCAUCAAUAUCAUCAUCACCAUCUUCAUCAUCAAUAUCAUCAUCACCAUCUUCAUCACCAUCAUCACCAUCUUAAUCAUAUUCAUCACCAUCUUCAUCAUCAUCACCAUCUUCAUCAUCACCAUCUUCAUCAUCAUCAUCACCAUCAUCACCAUCUUCAUCAUCAUCACCAUCUUCAUCAUCAUCACCAUCAUGAUCAUCACCAUCAUUAUCAUCAUCACCAUCUUCAUCAUCAUCACCAUCUUCACCAUCAUCAUCAUCACCUUCAUCAUCAUCACCAUCAUCACCAUCUUCAUCAUCAUCAUCACCAUCACCAUCUUCAUCAUCAUCACCAUCAUCAUCAAUAUCAUCAUCAUCAUCACCAUCAUCACCAUCAUCAUCACCAUCAUCACCAUCAUCACCAUCUUCAUCAUCAUCAUCAUGGAGUCAUUUUUGACCAAGAACUCUCCUUCAAGGCUUAUAUAA